UGGAGGUUGUUUCCAGCUUUCGACCAUGGCUGCCUCGAAGCAGGUGCCCGUUUAUUGUUGGAUUUCAAUUGUUUUGAUGUCACUAGCGAUUUCUAUUGAUGGGAAAGAGGAUGAUGGACACCACCAAAAUAAUUAUGACAGCAUCUUUGAGAACAUCCACGGGGACGUCGCGUACGACUUUGUCGAGGAGUCUAUGUCAUGGGCUGAAGCUCAGAAAAGCUGUGAGGAUCGAGGAGGACAUCUUCUGAGAGACCUGAAUGAUGAGGUUAAGGAGUUCUUACGGACCCUUUCUACAGGACCUGGACGCUGGUGGGUCAAUCCGGACUCGAUGAGUGGAGAUCCCAUGCGUGGCAGUGACCUCAACUUUCCACGCCAUCUUGUUUGCACCUAUUUGGACACCGAGCCAUUUCGUCUAGUGACCACACCCAACUGCACCAUGAGCUUUGGCUCCCUCUGCACGCUAGAUACAAAUAUACAUCUGAAGUCAAGCGAAGGAAAGCACAGACACCGUAGAUCUAUCAACACAAUAACUGGUCUGGGGGCAGUAAGCACUCUUCCUGUGUUGUUGGAGAAUGUCCGACUGAUAUUAAAGGAUUUGGAAACAACGGUAGAUGUGUUGACAAAGGACAAUCGACUCCUAUAUCUAAGAGGAAUAUACAAUGUUGUAAAACUCACUCUUCCAAUUCCUGUGGAUAUGGCUUCUGCAGUUAUGAACAGCACUUCGGCCAUGUUGCUGUAUACACAAGAGUGUGGCCUCGAUAACAUGGAGGACUUUGAGGAGCUGAUCACUUUGGCUGGACUCAUUUAUGCGGCGGUCAAAGACGGACCUGUCACGCAGGAGAUGCCGACAGGAACCUUGUUUGUUGACAGGAAAACCCCCCAACAACUGGGUGGAUCGGAGGUCGGCUCAAGUAAUGGCACAUAUUGCCAUCUGCCAUCUUUUUCUGCUUUGUCAGGCCAGCUGCCUUCUGGGAAAGUCAAUGUCCAGCUGUUCCAGUUCAAAGUGAAUCCAAUGGAGGACAAGUCCAACGAAAGCAUCACGGGAACAACAUGCAGCUUCUCUUUGCAGGAUGAAAACACCAACAUCAAACUGAAAGGUCUUUCAGAGAACAUUGAGAUAUUUCUGCCCCGCACGGGUGCCAGCGAACCUGAAGUAGUUUCCAUCGACUGGAAAUCUGGAUAUUCCGUCACCUCGUCCUUCAACACUACAGACGUCAAUAUGACGGUGAUUGUUACGGUGUCACCAAAUAAAAACGUCACCCUCGCUUUUCAGCUGUUCCCGUCUACGUCCAACGGCACUAACCAAAAUGCAACUGCAAGUGCUACUAUAGGCCUUAAAGAGGGUUAUCGCUGGCUGAUCACCCCAGAGAUGAGAAAAGGAGGUUAUUCCAGCUGGAAGGUGGCCAUAAUUCCAAUCAAUUACACUUCAAGCAAUCAGCUGACCGUGAAAGUCUCUGUUUUUGUCACCAAGUGUCUCUUUUGGGACACAGACCUUGAACAGUGGAGUAGAGAUGGUUGCAUGGUCGGUCCCAAAACAACACCAAGCUUAACCCACUGCUUGUGCAACCACACGACGUUCUUCGGAAGCUCCUUCUUUGUGAUGCCCAACCAAGUGGAUUUGUCCCAGACGGCGGCGCUCUUCGCCACCGUGAAUGAGAACUAUAUCGUGGUGGUGUUGCUGAGCUGUUUCUUUGCCGUCUUUCUGGUGGUCCUAGCGUGGGCCUGGUACGCAGACCGCAAAGCUCUCCGAACGCGAAAGAUGACUCUUCUGGAUGACAACCACCCAUGUGCCGAGUACAACUAUCUUAUAACUUUUCAGACAGGUCACAGAAGAAAUGCUGGCACCAGUGCUAAGGUAAAGGCCAUCCUUUACUUCGAGGAAGGAAAAAGUGACACUUACAACCUGUCUGAUGCGGAUAAGCCGGUGUUUGAGAGAGGAGGUGUUGACGUGUUCCUGCUCAGCAUACCCUUCUCUCUCGGUACAUUGGAGAGCAUUGAGAUUUGGCAUGAUAACUCGUCAGGAGACCCGGACUGGUACCUGAACAGACUGACGGUUCAAGAUUUACAGACACAAGAGAUCACACACUUUUUGUGCUCCACCUGGCUGAGAGGCGAGACCUGCAAGAGAACCUUCAACUCGGCCAAGAACAAUGAAAUCGCAAGCUUUGGUGACAUUUUCCAGACUCGGACAUCAUCCGGCUUCCGUGACGAGCACAUCUGGGUGUCGGUCGUGGACCCGCCACGCCGCAGCCCCUUCACCCGGGUGCAGAGGGUCGCCUGCUGUAUGUCUCUCCUGCUCUGUACCAUGGCCAUUAACAUCAUGUUUUGGAACCUUCCAACGGAUGAAGAGUCUCCCGUCCUCCUGAAGAUAGGGUCUUUCGCACUGACCUGGCAGGAGCUGAUGGUGGCGGUGGAGAGCGGACUCUUCAUGUUUCCCAUCAACAUUCUCAUCAUUACCAUCUUCCGUCACAUCAAGCCACGUCUUAUCGACAACAAAGAGGAAAGUAACAUCAUCAAGAACAAAGCAGUCAUCCCUGCCUCUGUGUCCAUGAACACCAUCAUUCAGGAAAUUAUGGAUCUGUUGGUGUGUCUCAGCAAAAACCCCAAAAACAUGUUGGGCAAGGAUCUGGGGUCCGAAAGCAACGGAGAUCUCUUCUGGGCUCUGAACAAAGUCCACGACCUGAUUGAGAGGAUGACAGUGGAAAUUGUUGGUGAUCCUCACUGGUCGUAUUGCAGCCGCUUCGUGUUUUACUCUUUAAGUCACGUCAGUCGUCUUCUGGAUCACGUUGGAGAAAAGGGCUGUUUCCUCAACGAAGAGCUCCGACAGGCCAGGGGGACGCUGGGUGUUUUGUUGAAGAAGGCCGAGCUGGCGUCUCUCAGACACGCGGCCCAAACUACCGUAAUCGUGCAGGAACCACAGAAGAAGAAGGGUUGGUGGUUGCCGUGGUGGUUUCUGUUUGUCGGAUGGGCUCUUCUUUUCUUCAUGAGCGGCAUCUCCACCUUCUUCACACUGCUGUACGGAUUCCAGUACGGCAGAGAGUCGUCCAUACAGUGGGUGAUCACCCUGACACUGUCUCUGGUCCAGAGCAUCUUCCUCCUGCAGCCUCUCAAGGUGAUAUUGGUGGCCAUCUUCUUCGCCAUGAUCCUGAGACCAGUGGGUGUGGAUGAAAACGAAGAGGUCGAGCUUCUCCUGAAAGAGCAAAAGAAAAGAUGUCAGGAGUACUCCGGAAGAUCAACUUCCUGAACAUAACCGGUAAAAGAUGCUGGAUUGAAGAACCUUGCGGGGAUUUUGACUCGAGAUAUUGUUGUUGGGAACAGUGCGUGUUCCGAUUAUUUGACUUGUACAUAAUUCAUGAAUCAAAAUGUAGUCAAAACAAAGUAAACUUAGUCUUAGUGGAUGUCGUGCUUUGUCUUUAUUUUGAAACCUUUGGAAAUAUAUUAACAUACUAUGAGUACUUGUCAAUGAUGCGAAAGGAACACAACCGUUCACACAAGUUUGUUUAAAAAGAAGAACAGGGAAUAUGUUAAUAGAGCUACGUUUUGGUGGUCAGUGUCAUUCUAGAUGAUCAUUUUUAUUUAAGUACAAUUUAAGAGAGCAGAUUCUCAUUAUACAUAAAGUUAAAUCAUUUUCCUGUUUAGAACUGCUGUCUGUCUGCUGUCAUUCUUUCUCUCGUCUAAUAAAAGGACUGAAAUCUAAUAUGUCAACGAAACUUUAGAAUGUUGCAUUUAGGAAACUUAUUUUUGGUAACCUGUGUAUUAUCAGAAAUAUACUAGAUAA